CGAUUCUUCUACUGCCACACACAAGAUGUUCUGUCAGUGCGGCUUUGAAUUUGGCCCACCUUGCGGGCUGGCGAGGUUGGUUGUUGUGGUUGCUGUGUCUGCUCGACCAUUAAGCGGUGCCUGUUCGUGUUUGGCCACUCGACCAGAAAGUGGAUGGCACCGGGCCGAGGGGCAGCGCCGCUUCUCGCCAUGGACGACAUGGAGUUCUUCUUCGAGGAAUCUGCAUCAGGGUUGGUGCCGCGGGUGUCCGGCGGAGUUUUCUUAAGUGGUCUAGUUGCCGGCGAGCAACUGACUGAAGGCGGCACAAGUGGAACAGAGGAUGCGGAGGAGGAGUUGAUUUCUUCUCUGCCCAUGGGUCGAGCUGGAGGCGGCAUGGAUUGUGAAGCCGGCGAAGGUGCUGGUAUGGGGGGCUGCACACUGUAUAAUCUUGGCGACGAAGGGGUGGGCGAUUCCUGCGAGACAGGCGGUGCAAAUACAGUCCCUGAUGCCAUGGGCCAGGAUGCAGACGAAGAUGGCGUGGGAGUGUCAAACGCAAAACAAUCUUCUUGGACCAGAAGGGUCAGAGUUGGAAAAGCUACAUAUAAGAGGGAGCCCAGCCCUUCAAGGAUGCCUGCCCUUGAAACUUCUAUGCAUUUGUCGAUAAAAAGUCUAAAAAUGUUGAAAAUCCAUCGAUUGGAACUAGUUUCGAUUCCGUCAAAGAGGGCUACAAGUUUUACAAUCUUUAUUCAUGGGAGGUUGGUUUUAGGGUGCGCUAUGCAAAAAGCCGUUUGAAUGUACACAGAAAGAAGUGCAUGCAGGAGAUAGUUUGUGCAUGUGCGGGUAAGCCAUUGCAAGCCAACAGUAGGUCGACGAGGUGUGGUUGCAAUGUCAUAAUACGACUACUGAGGUCAGACGAUGGUGGAUGGUAUGUAUGCGAGCACAGGGCUGACCACAACCAUGAUUUACCUCUUAAUUGUGGAGAGAAUUGCACUGGAAGUCGCACCAAUACAUAGAUAGCUAUACAAGGGACGUGGUUAAGCAAUUGAGAGGAAAUAAUAUCAGCAUUAGCAAGGUUUACAGUGUCAUAGGUAGUUUCUUUGGCAUGAUAAAGGACGUGCCACUCACGAAACGUUCCUUAAAAACACUAUGUGGUAAACUUAACCGGGAACAGUCUCUUAAUGAUGCAAUAAAAACCAUAGAUGUAUUCAACAAGAUGAGGGCAGAGGACCCUGAAUUUAAAUACAGUAUUUAGGUUGACACCGAGGGUAGGAUUAAGACAUUGAUGUGGGCUGCUGGCAGAGGGAUUGAGCAAUUCAAGUGUUUCGGUGAUGUUGUGACA